ACGAAGACGACGACGAAUUGGGGGCGAAAAUUGGUUUCAUAAAUCCUCCAUUCGACAACUCUAAAUUGUCAAUUGUUGGUAACAACAUAGUUUAUCUGUAUGAUUAUGUGUUAAGAUUGGGUUCUUGAUUCGAAUUUUUGGUUGAUUCAUCCUGCUGCUAUCGGAGUAAAGUAAUGACAGGGUGGAGGGAGGCAUCUGGAUCAAGACAAGGCGGCGAUAGUGCCUCCGCCGGUACGCCGCUGGCUGUUGACAGAAACCCCUCAAUGAGCACCAUUCGACUUGGUCGCGUUCAGCCCCAGGCGCCAGGUCAUCGCACCGUUUUCUGCAACGAUCGCGAAGCCAACUACCUUGCCAAAUACAAGGGAAAUGCUGUAUCAACUACGAAGUACAACGUGGCUACCUUCUUACCAAAAGGGCUCUAUGAGCAGUUUAGGCGGGUGGCUAACCUGUACUUUCUUACGAUCUCUUGUUUAUCAUUUACACCUGUCAGUCCUGUUAGUCCAAUUACAAAUGUGAUCCCGCUAAGUCUUGUACUUUUUGUCUCUCUUGUCAAGGAGGCAUUUGAGGAUUGGAAGCGCCUUCAAAAUGAUAUGACAAUAAAUAAUUCAUCUGUUGAGAUUCUGCAAGAGCAAAGGUGGGAAUCCCUUCCCUGGAAGAAGCUGCAGGUUGGGGACGUUGUUAGAGUGAGGCAGGAUGGGUUCUUUCCAGCUGAUUUGCUACUCCUUGCAAGUACAAACCCUGACGGUGUUUGCUAUACUGAGACUGCAAAUCUGGAUGGUGAAACAAAUCUUAAAAUCCGGAAAGCUUUGGAGAAGACAUGGGAUUAUGUGACUCCUGAGAAAGCCUCAGAAUUUAAAGGUGAAAUACACUGUGAACAACCAAACAAUUCACUCUAUACCUUUACUGGAAAUUUGAUACUUCAAAAGCAGACUUUGCCCCUUGGUCCAAAUCAUAUUCUGUUGCGAGGAUGCAGUCUACGUAAUACAGAGUACAUUGUUGGGACUGUGAUAUUUACUGGACACGAGACUAAGGUAAUGAUGAAUGCCAUGAACGUUCCUUCCAAAAGGAGUACGCUAGAGAGGAAACUUGACAAAGUAAUAGCUACACUUUUUGGUGUUCUUCUCUCCAUGUGUUUGAUUGGGGCCAUAGGCAGUGCUGUAUUUGUAAGUAACAAGUACCACUACUUGGAACUCUGGAUUAAUGGGGACUCUCAACAGUUCAAUCCAAACAACAGAUUUGUGGUCUUUGUUCUAAGCAUCUUUACCCUUAUUACUCUGUAUUCACCAAUUAUUCCAAUUUCUCUUUAUGUUUCUAUCGAGAUGAUCAAAUUCAUUCAGUCAACUAAGUUCAUAAACAAUGACUUGCGCAUGUACCAUAGUGAAACCAAUACCCCUGCGUUAGCACGCACAUCAAAUCUAAAUGAGGAACUUGGACAGGUGGAGUAUAUUUUUUCUGAUAAAACUGGAACUCUGACCAGAAACUUGAUGGAGUUCUUUAAAUGUUCAAUUAGUGGAGAGACAUAUGGAACUGGUGUUACCGAAAUAGAAAUCGGAGCAGCGAAGAGGAAUGGCGUAGAUGUUAAGGAGGUGCAGAAACCAUCUCAUGCAGUACGUGAAAAGGGUUUCAAUUUUGAUGAUGCCAGGCUGAUGCAUGGUGCUUGGAGGAAUGAACCUAAUCCGGAAAUGUGCAAGGAAUUUUUCAGAUGCCUUGCUAUAUGUCAUACCGUACUCCCUGAAGGUGAAGAGUCCCCGGAAAAACUUCGUUAUCAAGCUGCAUCUCCAGAUGAGGCUGCCUUAGUUACUGCAGCGAAGAACUUUGGCUUCUUCUUCUACAGGCGUACACCUACAAUGAUAUAUGUUCGUGAAUCGCAUGUUGAGAAAAUGGGGAAAGUUCAAGAUGCUGCAUAUGAAAUUUUGAACAUCCUUGAGUUCAACAGUACAAGGAAACGUCAAUCUGUUGUAUGCCGUUAUGGAGAUGGAAGGCUUGUAUUAUACUGCAAGGGAGCUGAUACCGUAAUUUAUGAGAGAUUGGCUAGUGGAAGCGAGGAAUUAAAGAAAAUUAGCAGGGAGCAAUUAGAGCAAUAUGGAGAAGCUGGUUUGCGAACUCUUUGCCUGGCCUACAGAGAUUUAAGCCCAGAAAUAUAUGAAAGUUGGAAUGAGAAAUUUAUCCAGGCUAAGUCUUCUCUUCGAGAUCGUGAAAGAAAAUUGGAUGAGGUGGCAGAACUGAUAGAGAAGGAUCUUACCUUGAUCGGAUGUACUGCUAUAGAAGACAAGCUUCAGGAAGGGGUACCAUCCUGCAUAGAAACUCUUUCUAGAGCUGGAAUUAAGAUCUGGGUGCUUACAGGGGACAAAUUGGAAACUGCAAUAAAUAUUGCUUACGCUUGCAAAUUAAUUAACAAUGACAUGAAACAGUUUGUUAUCAGUUCCGAAACUGAUGAGAUCAGGGAUGUUGAAAACAGAGUAAGCAAUUUUUUAGCUAGCGUCCUAUUCAUUGGUAUUAUUCAGACAAUUCAAUCUCAAGUCAAACUCUUCUUCCAGGGUGACCAAGUGGAAAUUGCUCAGUUCAUAAGAGAAACAGUGAAAAAUGACCUUCACAAGUACCAUGAAGAAGCACAAAGUAUCAUUCAUGGCUCAUCUGGACAGAAACUGUCCCUUCUUAUAGAUGGGAAGUGUUUGAUGUAUGCCUUAGACCCAAGUUUACGGUCUACAUUGCUUAGUUUGAGCUUAAGCUGCAGUUCAGUAGUCUGCUGCCGUGUUUCUCCUUUACAGAAGGCACAGGUUACAAGACUGGUCAGAAAAGGUGCAAAUAAGAUAACGCUAAGUAUUGGUGAUGGUGCCAAUGAUGUUGGCAUGAUUCAAGCAGCUCAUGUUGGUGUCGGAAUAAGUGGUUUGGAGGGGAUGCAAGCAGUGAUGGCCAGCGAUUUUGCUAUCGCUCAGUUCCGAUUUCUAACAGAUCUACUUCUUGUCCAUGGACGAUGGUCCUAUCUUAGAUUAUGCAAGGUUGUUUCAUACUUCUUUUACAAGAAUCUUACAUUCACUUUGACUCAAUUUUGGUACACCUUCCACACUGGGUACUCUGGUCAAAGGUUCUAUGAUGAUUGGUUCCAGUCUCUGUAUAAUGUCAUUUUCACUGCCCUGCCUGUUAUCAUUGUUGGACUGCUUGACAAGGACGUCAGUGCAUCACUUUCAAAGAAGUACCCACAAUUAUACAAAGAGGGAAUAGAUAAUGCCUACUUCAAUUGGAAAGUUGUGGGUACUUUAGCUUGCUUUUCAGUUUAUCAAUCGAUAAUCGUAUAUAACUUUGCGGUCGCUUCUAGUACGACUGGUUUAACCUCAGCUGGAAGGAUGUUGGGCCUGUGGGAUAUUAGCACCGCUGCAUUUACAUGUCUUGUGAUUACCGUCAAUUUGCGGCUUCUUAUGAUGUGCAAUACAGUUACAAGGUGGCACAGUAUAAGUGUUGGAGGCAGCAUUCUAGCAUGGUUUAUAUUCAUUUUUAUAUAUGCCGUUGUUUUCGUAAACAAGGGGACUUAUUACACCAUUUAUGUGUUAAUGGGCACCGCCUACUUCUAUCUUAUGAUCGUUCUUGUUCCCAUUGUUGCGCUUUUGUGUGACUUUUUGUACCAAGGGGUUCAAAGAUGGUUCUACCCGCGCGAUUACCAGAUUGUUCAGGAAAUCCAUAGGCACGAGCCAGAAGCCAUUGGUGCCGGAUUGCUAGCAGUCGGAAACCAACUGACCCCAGAAGAGGAACGGAGGUACGCCUUUGCCCUACUCCCGAGGGAAAGGUCAAAGCACACUGGUUUCGCGUUUGACUCACCCGGGUACGAGUCGUUUUUCGCUACACAGCAAGGAGUAACGACACCUCAGAAGCCGUGGGAUGUGAUUCGACGAGCUAGCAUGAGACAAAAGACGAAAUCACCCCGAGCCAGUCAGUCUUAGAAGUUGUACACAAAAAAGAGGAUUAUUAUCUACCUUUUUGGACAGUUUUGAAGGUUUCUUUUUUUGGAAACAUUUUUGUAAGUUUUUAAAAACAAAAGAUGUAUAAUUUGAUGCCAGUAGUAGAAGGCUUAGAGAUAAUGAUAGUGUUGAUUCUUUCAUUCAUCUUCUUUACUACUUUUAAUCUGUAAGUUGGUUGUAGAAUCUAGUCUUUACUUCACUCCCUAAGAAAAACACUUUCUAUGUUAAUAUAUAUAUACAUGUUAUGUGUGUGUUA